UUUUUAGUUAUAUGUUAAACCUUGCUUGUCUGUAACAUAGAGUAAACGAGAGAGCAUGGGAGAGGAGGGGAACACAUGGAGCCCAGAUCAUGAAGAUAUUUUCGUGCGGCUACUUGUCCAAGCAGUGGACCGUGGCGGCAUUUCUCAUGGCUCUGUAGGCAGCAAGACUUGGCCUGAAAUUUACAACGUAAUGCUAGGGCUGACAGACCUGGAGUGGACUUUGGACCAACUGCAAUCCAAAUACAACAAGCUAAGAACUGACCAUAAGGAGUUCUCAGAACUCUUGAUGGAUAAAACUGGUUUUGGGUGGGAUCCCAUUACCAAUACUGUCGUUGGCAUGGAAGCACAGUGGCAAAGUUACUUGAGGGUGAAUAAAAAGGCAUGUCGCUUUCGCAAAGAAGGUUGCCGCAACUACGAGCAAUUAGGGAUCGUUUUCAAUCGUUCCAAAGCGACGGAUGUUCUCCGUGAGGAAGAAGUGCUCACACACCAUAUACGAAGCGGUGAGCGGAAGAGUAAAGGUAAAGGUAAGCAAUGUGUGACAGACGUAUCAAUGGGGGUCAGUAAUAGAUCUUUGAGGAGGUCUAAAAGUAUGGUUGAUGCGGAACGUUACAUCAUGUUCAAAGAGAUUACAGAAAUGGCGAAGGCGAGAACAGAGCAGCUAAUUAUCAAGACGAACCAGCUUAGGGCUUCGUCGGGGGUCAAAAGCGCCGGCAUAUCAGACCAUCCAAUGGCUCGCUGCGUUGAUUUGCUCAACGAGCUGGCGCUGGAGUUUCCUGAUGAGGUAUAUUGUAAGGCAAUGAAGGAGUUGAUGAGUGAGCAACUCCAGUGGGCUUUCAUUAGGAUGAGCCCCCAUUGUAGAAGGCUCUGGUUAUCAACAUUGUUGCCCUAGGAUCCCUGUUUCUGCUACUUGGCUUUCCUGAU